AAACCCCUUGGAGAUUUAUGAGCCAGCAGAUGGACCAGUGUGUAUAAAAUAAGCUCCCCUUUUUGAUGUUUUUCUCGCAAGCACCUUGCUUCUUCUCCUACACUGGCCAUAAUUUUCAAAAAUGUUUUCUUCAUUUGCCACUAAAAUCCCACUGUGCCUGAAUCACUACAACCCAAAACUUGAUCAACCCAUCUCCUACAAUCCCCUCAAAACCCCUUUUCUACCUCCCCUAUACACUCCCAAAACCCUCUCUACCCUUUACUCCAAACCCCAAAAAUCAUCAAUUUUAGCAUGUUCUUGGAAACUCCAGAAAGAAAUUCCAAACUUUUUCAAUGAAAAGAUUGUUUUUUUACUUGUUGGGUCAUUGUUGUUUAUGGGUUUAAGGGCCAAACAUGUAUUAUCAUUGCCAAAACCAGUUCAAGAAAGUGCUAGCGUUGUUGUUGAGUCCCAAGAAGAAGAAGAAGAAGAGAUGUAUGUAAAGUUAUUGGAGAAGAAUCCUAGAUAUGUUGAGGGUUUGAAGGGUGUUGUUAAUGUGAAGAUGAGGAAAGGGAAGACUAAAGAGGCUUUGAAGUAUGUGGAGAAGUUGAUUGAAGUUCAGCCUAGAGAAAUGGAAUGGAGGCUUUUGGAAGCUCUUUGUUAUGAGAUGAUGGGGCAGUUAAGCAAGGCUAAGAGGUUGUUUAAGGACAUUUUGAAGCAGAGGCCUUUAUUGUUGAGAGCUUUGCAUGGUUUAGCUAUGGUGAUGCACAAAAACUUUGAAGGUCCUGCUGUUUUUGAGAUGCUGAAUGGUGCUCUAGAAGUUGCUCGCAAGGAGAAAAGAGUCAAUGAGGAGAGAAACAUAAAAAUAUUAGUCGCACAAAUGCAUGUCGUUAAGGGUGAGUUAGAAGAGGCCUUACAAAAGUUUCAACUUCUUGUCAAAGAGAAUCCGAGAGACUUCAGGCCUUAUCUGUGCCAGGGAAUAGUCUACAGUUUGUUGGACAAAAAGAAAGAAGCGGAUGAGCAGUUUGAGAUAUAUCGAACUCUUGUACCUGAAGAAUUUCCUCAGAGAGGUUUCCUUGAUGAUGUUGUGUUGGCUGCUAAGACAGAAACUAGGGAACAACUUGCCAAGGAGUUCAAGAAUGAAUUCUCUUACAAGACAUGAAAAGGUGAUGCCCAAUUAUCACAUUUUCAACUAGGCUAUCACGACUGGAUGGUUAAGGGUGUAUGGAGGGGGUGGUCAGAUGGUAGGAUAGAAUCAAAGCACUGCUAAUGUAGACAGACGGUAAAGACUUUUCUCUUUUUUGGCUAUUGAUAUCUGAAGUCUAGUCUCCCUUGGAAGAGGAGUGAAGUUCUAGGACAGUACAUUUUAGUGUUCUCUCUUCUGUUGAUAUGUCUUGUUUUUUGGUAAUCGAGAGAUCCCUGACGCCAGCUGGUAGUUCUAAAUUCCGUGGAUAAUGGAUUCACUCCUCUACUUCUCUUCCCUUAACCAUCAGGCUUUUGUCUGCAGCGUGUUUGAACUCAUGAUGUGUUAAACCUACAUAGCACUCGUCGUGCUCUUGCCACUUGAUCAAAGGUCAGCUUUCCUCUGUUCUGUUGAGGUUUUAUUGUGCUUUUGAGGGCAGACAAUUUCUUAGUUUAUCUCUAAAAAAAGGAAGGCAGUUCUCAAAUAUGCUCAUCCAUUCUUGUAUAUAUACUAGACGUGGUGUUACAAUAUAAUGUGUGCAUAUUUUCUUAAAGUAAUUAUAUAAAUUGCUCACUUCAAAUACAGCUCCCUACAAACUUGGGUGUAUUUGAUUGAAGGAACAAUCAGAGAAAUCGAGAAAUGCUGUAUAAUUUCUGACCA